UCCGACCUGGACCUGGAGCUGUCCUCGCCCUUUCUGGCCGCCGGCCGCCUCUUCGCCGCGCUGCGCAGGGCUUUCUCCCGUAGGCGCCGCCGCCGCCGCGGGACCUGAGCGUCGGCUUCCAGGCACAGCUAGGUCUCCCAGAGGACAAGGAAGAUGGAGGAACCUGUAGACCAGCGGCAGCCACUGACUGCGAGCCAGGUAGCCAACUCGGAGGGCGGACACGUAUGGCAGGUCACAGACAUGAACCGGCUGCACCGCUUCUUGUGUUUUGGUUCUGAAGGUGGCACCUACUAUAUCAAAGAACAGAAGCUGGGUCUCGAGAACGCCGAAGCCUUAAUCAGACUGAUAGAAGACGGCCGAGGAGGCGAAGUGAUACAGGAAAUCAAGGCCUUUAGUCAGGAAGGCAGGACUGCCAAGCCAGAGCCUUUGCUGUUUGCCCUGGCCGUCUGUUCCCAGUGUUCAGACAUCAAGACAAAGCAGGCAGCCUUUAAAGCUGUGCCUGAGGUCUGUCGCAUUCCGACCCACCUCUUCACCUUCAUCCAGUUUAAGAAGGACCUGAAGGAAAGCAUGAGGUGCGGCAUGUGGGGCCGUGCUCUCCGGAAGGCCGUGGCGGACUGGUACAAUGCAAAGGGUGGCAUGGCCAUUGCCCUGGCCGUUACGAAGUAUAAGCAGAGGAACGGCUGGUCUCACAAAGACCUCUUAAGACUGUCGCAUCUUAAACCUUCCAGUGAAGGACUUGCUGUUGUGACCAAAUAUAUUACAAAGGGCUGGAAAGAGGUCCAUGAACUAUAUAAAGAAAAAGCACUUUCUGUGGAGACUGAAAAACUGUUAAAGUAUCUGGAGGCUGUGGAGAAAGUGAAGCGUACAAAAGAUGAGCUGGAAGUCAUUCAUCUAAUUGAAGAACACCAGUUAGUCAGGGAACAUCUGCUCACAAAUCACUUGAAGUCUAAAGAGGUAUGGAAGGCUUUGUUACAAGAAAUGCCGCUGACUGCACUGCUGAGGAAUCUGGGAAAGAUGACUGCUAAUUCAGUGCUUGAACCAGGAAACUCUGAAGUCUCUCUGGUGUGUGAAAAACUGUGCAAUGAAAAACUGCUCAAAAAGGCUCGUAUACAUCCAUUUCAUGUUUUAAUUGCGUUAGAAACCUACAGAACAGGCCAUGGGCUCAGAGGAAAACUGAAGUGGACUCCAGAUAAAGAAAUUUUGCAAGCAUUAGAUGCUGCAUUUUAUAAAACAUUUAAGACGGUCGAGCCGACUGGGAAGCGUUUCUUGCUAGCUGUUGAUGUCAGUGCGUCUAUGAACCAGAGAGUUCUGGGUAGUAUACUCAAUGCUAGUACUGUUGCUGCAGCAAUGUGCAUGGUGGUCACACGAACAGAAAAAGAGUCUUCAGUGGUUGCUUUUGCAUGUGAUAUGGUACCGUUUCCUGUGACUACAGACAUGACCUUACAGCAGGUUUUAACGGCUAUGAAUAAAGUCCCAGCUGGUAGCACCGAUUGCUCUCUUCCAAUGAUCUGGGCCCAGAAGACAAACACAGCUGCCGAUGUCUUCAUUGUAUUCACCGAUAAUGAGACCUUUGCCGGACAGGUGCAUCCUGCUGUUGCCCUGAGGGAGUACCGACAGAAAAUGGAUAUUCCUGCUAAAUUGAUUGUUUGUGGGAUGACAUCAAAUGGCUUUACCAUCGCAGACCCUGAUGAUAGAGGCAUGUUGGAUAUGUGCGGCUUUGAUACUUCAGCUCUGGAUGUAAUUCGAAAUUUCACCUUGGAUAUAAUUUAACGCUAAGUACCGGAGUGGCCUGAGGGGUCCACUGCUGCAGUGGACUUCACUGAGAAGUCACAGCCUCUUCCCGCUAAAGAAGUAGUGAGAAGUGUCGUCAGUGUGUGCAUGGUGGAGAUGACUGCCAAGAACAGGAAACGAGGGAAGGAAGGACAAACAUGUCAAGCCCAAAGGUGCAUGUACUCAGCUAGCUCUUGAGAAGUCUUCAGGAUACUGUAGCUUUCUCUAUAGCCAACCUCUUUUUGAUAGAAACUGUAAAAUAGUCACGUUUUACUCUGGGGAAUCACACAUUUGUACUUAACGCGGGGGAGAUCCUAAAGUGUAAGUAGCCUCCCACGUCACUUUUUGAGAAGUGCUUGUUUUCUUAAAUGUUUUCAUUGGAAAAGGACAGUUUUGAUAAUGUCCAAAUACUCUGAAGUGCACUAGACCAUGUGACUGUGAUGGAAAUGAACCUCACAAAGUAAACCUUUCUACCAAGGGGUUUUAAAAAAAAAAAAUACAAAGACACUUGGUAGAGCUAACUUAUGAAUGAGUUUUACAAAUUCAGAGUUUUCUAAGAUCAUACGAACAACAGCUUUCUUAUUCAAUGAAAAAGAUGUUUUAUUUCAGGUGUUUUAUUUGUACUUGUUAGAAUUUGUUCAUUUGGUCAAAACAUGAUGGAAGUCCCUAAGGGACUUGUUGAGUUUGUGUAGGCUGAGGAAUUUGCUUUGUAUCCUUGUAGUUACUGCCAUAAGUGGAGACAUACUUAAUGAUUCCCUCUGAGCAACAACUGUGUUUCAUGCACUUAAUGCUUUCCCGUUUUCAUAUUUGUAAUGAAAACAAAAUGUUUCACAUACUUAAGUCCCCUCCAUCCAUAAUCCUGAUAGUUAACAUUUAAAAUCUCAACUGUAAAAACAUAGCUUUUCCCAUACCCCUAAAAUACCUUUAACUAAUUUUUAUAUUUUUCUAAUAUUAAGUUUAUCUGUAGUAUUUUAUAUUUUUGUCCACUAUUCAUCUUGUGUCUAAUUUCUUUUUUGAUAGAAAUAUAGAAAGCAUAGAAAUAAUAAAGCAAGCUAGAUCCUUCAAGUUCAAAGGCAAUUUUAGAGUAGGCAACUGUCAACCCAUCAGUCUAUGUAGGAAAUUUAAAAACAUGUUUUGUACAAACUAAACUUCUUUUUCACCAUAUUAACAUACAUUCUUUUCUUGAGCAGUCAUGUGUUUUCACUGGGGAGUUUAUCUUGAAAAGGGCCUAUUGAAAGGCCAGUAGCUUUUCUCUUGAUUUUGUAAUGGUAUCUAAGGUAGUUUAUACUGAAACUUUAAUUUUUUUAUGUAUUCUUUAAGUAUUAAAGGUUUACUAGGGGCUUAUAAAGCCCUCUCACUUUAUAUGAAAAGUCAAAAACUAUUAAGUGUAGGUUACAUAACCUUUAAUGUGUGUAGGGGGUGAAGUUUUUUAUUUGGGGAGGAAAGGGUCUUUGCUAUUGUGAGGAUUUGUGUACAUAUUUUCUUCUCUUUCCCAAAAAAACUAGGCUCUGAGAAGAAGAAAAUGUCCCCUUUGGAUAGAUUUGACGUAUUAAUGAGGUUGAUAUGUAGCUAUUCCUUCAAGUCAGUAACAGUUCUUCAGUGUUAUUAGCAAAGAGAGCAUCACCUCCCACUCUCAACACCAUCGCUUCUGAUGCUGUUCCGGCUUUAAUACAGUCACGUGUGGUUUCACAUCUUUACUCCUGAUGCAUUCAAGUUUCGUAUUCAAAUUGAGUUUAAGGUUCAAAACCCUAAGAAUUACUUACAUGAGAGCUAUUGACUUCUUUAAACCCAGGGUCUAGGUUUUAAUAUGAUGUAACUUAUUAUGAAAUGUUACAGGGAAUAUUAUAUAAAUGCUCAUUUCUUUUACUUCUGUGCUGUUUAGCUAGUGCUUUUAGGCAAGCAGAGUAUGUCUAGGAGCAAAUAUUGACUCCGUCGAGGGAAUCAGAGUAGCGGUGACUCUUCAAUAGCAUUUAGGUAGGCCUAAUAAAUAGGUUAAGAGUGAAGACAGAAGCCAGGUGUGGUGACAAAAGCCUUAGUCCUAGGCCUGGGGAGGCAGGGGCAGGUAGAACUGUAAGUUAGAGGCCAGCCUACUCUACAUAGCAAGUUCCAAGCCACUGAGGGCUAAGUAGUGAGACCCUGUCUCAAAGAAAAAAAAUUUUUUUUAAGAAAGAAAAAAGAAAAACAAAGGAAGACCUCUCUGAAAGCAAUUUUAUCUUCAAAUCAGAGUGGAAAGAAAUCUUAGAUGGUUGGUUGGUUGGUUGGUUUGCUUGUUUGUUUGUUUGUUUGUUUGUUUGUUUGUUUGUUUGUUUGUGACAGGGUCUCUCUGCAUAGUCCUGGCUGCCCUGAAGCUCACUCUGUAGCCCAGGCUGGCCUCGAACUCACAGAGAUCCGCAUGCCUCUGCCUUCCGAGUGCUGGGAUUAAAGGCGUGCGCCACCAUGCCCAGCAUUAGGCUGGAUGAUUUUGGAGAGGGGCGACCUAAAAGGGUUUGCCUCUCUGCUUACCAUUCUAGCUUUUCCUUUCUCAUACAUGGGAGUGCAUUGCUUUAGCAAGAGGGACAGGAGAAAUAUGCAGAACUUUUACCUUAUUUAGACAUUAGGAAUUGAUAAUAUGCAUGAUUGCUUUAGGAAAUUGUGACUAUGUAUGUUUUUUUUUUAAUUUGGAAUAACUCUCAAACACAAUUAUGUCUUAACAGCCUAUGUUGCUAUGUAAUAUAGCUCCAUCGAAAGGCUUUUUUUUUUUUUAACCUCAUUAAGCAUAGGAUAUACUCGAGUGGUAAACAAGUCUUAUUUUCCAAAUUACCACCAGGGUUACUCUUAAGUAAAUAGUAUGAAAAAAUACUGCUUUAAAAAACAAUCUUAAGAAAAAUAAACUUUAUUUUCUAGAUACUAUGUAAAUAUUUCCAGGACUUCGUUGUUAUUAAUAAAACAGAGCAGUAAUCUUUUCAUCUCACCGUUUUUUAUUAGUAGAAAUUCCACUUAUUGAAACUAUUACUUAGUAACUGUUCUAAGAGUGUUAGGAAUAUGCUAGUGAGUAGAAUGUGCCUCACCCUUUGGAGACUCUCUUGUUUUCUUCCAUGUGUUGUGACAUUACAGACAACCUGUUUAACAAGUGUGGUAAAAUUUUACUCUCCUACAAAUUAGCAUAUCUUAUUCUUAGAUCAUAGAAGAGCCAGUAGCUUAAUAUCUACCUAAAAUUGAAACCAGAAAAGAAGCUUUUCAAUACAAGUUCAAACUUCAUUUUUCAUUAUAAACACCAAGGUGUCACUAUUCCCUGAUAAAGAGAAAGAAGUGUACCCCAAGAAGAAAUGAAAGCAAAGCUCAUAAUCAAAGUAACACCACGUUAUCACUAACAAGCACUUGCUAUAUUAACCUAUUUGAAUCACAAGUCUGCAAUUGAUAAUACACCAUUGCCAGGUUGUUUCUCACUUUUCUAGACUUUGAAAAAAAAAAAAUCAUACCAGUGUAAAUUUGAGAAUAUACCAAUUAAGAACAAUCUUUAGAAGCACAGAAAAGGUACAUCUAAGCAAGAAAUGAAGGCUAACUCAUUGUGAGUCCUUGGAGUUAUUUUCUUGUGACCUCAAGAUAUUGUCCCAGGGCAGGCAAGAUGUCUUUGUGAGUAAAGACACUUGCCACCAAGCCUGAUGAAUUGUGCUCAGUCCCUGGACCCCACAUGGUAGGAGAAGAGAAACAAGUCCUGCAAGUUGUCAUCUGACCACAUUUUGCCAUGGAAUUUGUACAUGUGCAUGUGUGUGUAAAAGUGGAGAGGGGGAAAAAAAGAUACUGCAACAGAUUUGGUGGCUGUGUGGUAUGCUUGUGGUAAAGGUAACUCAAAAUGAGAAAACUAGUCUUGGAUUCGCUUGGUUUUGUUAAGGUACACAUUGUCCUCUUGGAGAAAUGUCAUACAUCCAUAAGGAAGGAUCAGAAAAGAUGAGAGUUUCUGCAGUGAAAUGAGCCAGUAUUAACUCUGAAUUGACUUUGUUUUCCUGAUACUUGCUCCCUAAUCUCUUAGUUCAUGGAAGAUUAUUUCA